AUGAUCCCUCGGUGGUUGUUGCUCGUGGUCGGGCUCCUGCUAGCAUUCGCUGCAGACCCGGUCGCGGCAAAGGGGGACAAACCCAAGGUGUCCUCUACGGAAUUCGAUAGCCCGCCCUCCGACCUGUUCUACUUCGAUAGCAGCAAUACGAUCGUCUGGCGAGACCCCCUCAAGCAAAAUGCGCUUAUCUCAUUUGAUGGAGGCAAAGAGUGGGAGGUUAUCAAGGGUGCCGAUGGAGACAUGGAAGGUCAGGUCGCCGUGAUCUGGAGACACCCGCACGACAAGGAGCAUCGCGCGUAUGCUCUCAGCGAAGGUACCACCCACUGGGUUACCACUGACCAGGGCAAGACCUGGGAACCAUUCAAGACGGGCAUCCAGCCGAUCUUGAAGCUCGGACGGACUGCUCCGUUGACUUUCAGUGGUUGGGACCAAGGCAAGGUGAUAUUCCAUGGCAAAGAUUGCUCAUCAUUCCCGUGCUUGAGGGUCACUAUCUAUACGACGGACGAUUUCAAGACUCAUAACAGGCUAGAGGGCGCGUUCUUGCAAUGUUUGUGGGCUGCGGGUACCCCGGAGUUCGCGCAGGAUAUCAACGUGCGGGAGACAAUUGGAGAUCGGGUUAUCUGUGUGGCCCCCGGGAUGCGAAGCCCCUUUGAUAUGACGGAACGCUUGGUUUAUUCGGAUGACUACUUCCGCGAUGACGCGCACGGCACGGAGAUCAAUCUGGAUCGGGGUCGGCCUGUCAGUGGCAGACAAAUCUUGAUUCGUUCUGUCAAGAAGUAUUUGGUUGUUGGUCUCCAGUCGGCAAGUACCAUCGAACAGGCUCUUUACGUGAGCGACGACUCUCAAGAGUGGCAUCGCGUGGAAUUUGGUGGCCACCGGAUCGAGGAGGACGCGUACACACUGCUGGAAAGUACCAACUACAGUCUCCAGGUGGACGUGCAGACGACAUGGGACUCCAAUCGCAUGGGUGUACUCUUUACAUCCAACUCAAACGGAACCUACUUCACACCUAAUAUCGAACAUACCAACCGGGACAAGCAAGGAUUUGUGGACUUUGAGAAGGUCACCGAUAUUCAGGGCAUUGUCAUUGUCAACACCGUCGACAACUGGGAAAAGGCUCUGGAGUCCGAUGGGACAGAAAAGGAGGUUGUUACCAGCAUCAGUUUCGAUGACGGCAGAACUUUCCAGAAUCUCAAGGUUGGCGACGACAGACUACAUCUCCAUUCAAUGACCACUUACGAUGCACUGCAUGAGUUGCCUACUUUGCGUCGCAUGUUCUCCAGCCCAGCACCAGGUCUGGUCAUGGGCGUGGGCAAUACAGGCGAUUAUCUCAAGGAUUAUAAAGAUGGCGAUCUUUACGUUUCGGACGACGCCGGUCUCACUUGGCGCCAUGCGCGGAAGGGCCCCCAUCAUUUCGAAUUCGGCGAUCAGGGCGGCGUGAUUGUGGCUGUCAGCGACGAUGGGAAGACCAAAGAGGUUCAAUAUUCUCUCAAUCACGGCAAGGAGUGGGAGAAGCCUAUUGAGCUGAAGGAGGCGAUCAAGCCGAUAUAUCUCACGACUACUCCGGAUGCGACGAGUCUGAAAUUCAUGUUAGUCGGCCUCACCGGCAAGGGCGUUGUCGUGUACUCGAUUGAUUUCGAUGGUCUUCACGAACGCAAAUGUACCGACGACGAUAUCAAACCCUGGAUCGCUCGCAAGAACGAGAAGGGAGAAGCGGAUUGUCUCAUGGGACAUAAGCAGAUCUACCAGCGACGUGAUCCGGAUGCGGACUGCUUCAUGAAGAAAGAAUUCAAGAUGAAGCUGCCUACCUUUGAGCGGUGCAAGUGCUCCGCUGAAGACUUUGAAUGUGACUACAACUUCAAGCUCAGUGAAGAUGGCAAGGAGUGUGUCCCAGCCGUUCCCUUGACGCCUCCGUCGGGCGAAUGCAAGGACCCUAGCGACACUUACACGGGCCCGUCGGGCUGGCGACUCAUCCCCGGAAAUGUGUGUAUCCGUGACGGUGGAGAAAACCUCGACAAGGAUAUUGAACGAUCAUGUGAAAACUCCACUGGCUCUCCUCCUCCCAUCGCCGAUGGUAAAGUCCGCGCGGGCGAGCCACAGUAUUUCUCCGUCACGGGUGCGAACACCAACAACUACAAAGAGUAUUUUUAUCUCGAGCGGCAGACGAGUAACCAAGGAGAUGACGAGACCAUCUUCAUGCUUACGAACAAGAAGGAGCUGUAUGUGACUCAAGACCACGGCAAGACCUGGGAACAGCCCAAGGCGCUCAAAGACGAGGAUAUUGUAGCGAUCGCUCCUCAUCCUUACUACGUUGAUGGUGCCUACUUCCUGACGAGCGGCUAUGAUGGCUGGUCAACGGUUAACCGCGGAGCCAAGUUUGACAAGUUCAAGAAGCCCACCAAGUCGAUGUCGAUGCGCACUUCCCCUUUGUCCUUCCACGAGAAACACAUCGACUGGAUGAUCUGGGUCGGAAACGAUGAUUGUGAGGGCAGCACCUGCACCUAUACUGCUUGGUACACCAAGAACCGUGGUGAUGAGUGGCACAAGAUGCUUCGUGGUGUCGACCAGUGCCAAUUCGGAUAUCAUGAUGGCCGAGAGAACAGUGAAUCCCUCAUUCUUUGCGAGCAGUACUACGAGGAAGAUCAGAAGAAAGACCGCCAGCUGGUUUCUAGCAACACCGAGAACGACUGGUUUGCAAGCCCCGAGGUCAUCAAUGACAACAUCGCUCACUUCGUGACGAUGAACGAGUUCUUCGUUGUGGCUACCUUCCCGACUGAGAAGCACAAGUUCUUGAACGUCAGCACCAGCAUGGACGGCCAGACCUUUGCCACGGCCCACUUCCCCAUCAAUGUCGAUGUCAAUCAGUAUACCGCAUUGCCGGGCUCCAAUUAUGCUCUGUUCUUGCAGGUCGUGAUCAACACGGAGAAGGGUCGCAGCUACGGUUCCUUGGUCAAGAGCAACAGCAAUGGUACCUACUUUACCCUCAGUCUUCAGGGGCUGAAUGUCAACGAUGGCGGCUAUGUGGAUUUCGAGAAGAUGGCCGGCCUCGAGGGCGUCGCUCUCGCCAAUGUGGUCGGAAAUCUUGAGGAGGUGCAGAACAAGGGCGCAGGCAAGAAGCUGCGUUCUAUGAUCACUCACAACGACGGUGGUCAAUGGGCCCUGCUGCCACCGCCUGUGGAGGACGCCGAGGGCAAGAAGUUUGGUUGCUCCGUCACCAAGGGCCAGGGCACCGAGAAGUGCGCACUCCACCUCCACGGAUAUACAGAACGUCGUGAUCCCCGCGAUACAUUCUACUCCGGAUCUGCCAUCGGCAUGAUGAUCGGCGUGGGUAAUGUGGGUGAAUAUCUGUCUAGUGCCGACGACGCCGAUACCUUCUUGAGCCGAGACGGUGGUAUCACCUGGAAGAACGUCAAGAAGGGACGGUACAUGUUUGAGUAUGGCGACUCCGGAUCUCUGGUCGUGCUCGUUCGCGAGCUGCAGCCGACCAAGGUCAUCCACUACAGUCUGGACGAGGGCGCCACGUGGAUCGAAUUCCAGUUCUCGGAGAAGGACAUGAUCAUUGAUGACAUUUCGACUGUGCCCUCCGAUACAUCUAAACGCUUCUUGUUGUGGGGUAGAGACGCCAAGUCCUCCGAUAACAAGUUCGCCACGAUCAGCCUUGACUUUAGCGGCAUCUGGGAUCGUGAAUGCGUCCUGGACGAAGAUGCGGAUGAAAGCAAGGACUACUAUCUGUGGGCCCCAAAGCAUCCUGCGCUGGAGGCACACGGAGACGACGUCUGCUUGUUCGGACAUGUCGAGCAGUACCACCGCAAGAAGCCCGAAGCUCAGUGCUGGGUGAACUGGAGAGAGCCACACAUGCACCGAGUCGGCGCGAAUUGCGAGUGCACCCGAGCAGACUUUGAAUGUGAUUUCAACUAUGAGAUGCAGAGCGACGGCAGCUGUGGUCUUGUGGCAGGACUUCCCAAGCCUGACCAUAGCGAGCAAUGCAAGAACGAUCCCGAAAUGGUCCAAUACUGGGAACCUACUGGCUACCGCAAAAUUCCUCAGUCAACCUGUGACGGUGGCCGCCGAUAUGACCAUGGUGACCCGCGGCCAUGCCCUAACAAGGAACAGGAGUUCGAGAAGAAGCACGGCAUCAGCGCAGUGGGUCUAUUCUUCGCUAUCGUGACACCCAUCGUUGCGGCUGCCGGAAUCGGCUACUACGUCUACAACAAGUGGGACGGCAAGUUCGGACAGAUCCGUCUGGGCGAGGGAGGCUCCGUCACCACCGAAGGCUUGUUUGCCCGCAGCUCGGCGCUGGUUGCUGUGCCGGUGGCUAUCAUCGCGGGUGUUGUGGCAGUGGCUCAGGCGCUGCCACUGCUAGCUACCAGCUUGUGGCGCAGUGUCAGCGGCUUCAUCCGCCCUCGCAGCCGGGGCUACCAACGACCGUAUGCCACACGGGGCUCCUUUGCUGCGCGUCGGGGCGACUAUACUCAUGUGGUGGAUGACGAAGAUGAGUUGCUGGGCGCGGAUGAAUUCGAAGAGGACGAUGAGGCGUAG